CACCGCAAACGGUUGCACCACGCAAAUUGUGCAGAUCAAAAGGUUAAGCCCUCCUCCGCACUUGCGUCGGGAGGGCGUGUGCCAGAAAACGGCGUCGGGAAGGGAGGUCGGUGGAUGUGGCAACCAUACUCUUCAACAAAUACAUUUUGUCGGGCUAGAGGGAACCCGCCCUCAGCAUUCGUAAAAUCCGCCCCAGCACAUUCCUCCGCAUCGAGGCAGGCAGCCUCGUGAACUUCGCAGGCGGGAGGCCAACGAUGCUGGAUGAGGGGGAGGAGGAGGAGGAGGAGGAGGAGGAGGAGGAGGAGGAGGAGGAGGAGGAGGAGGAGGAGGAGGAGGAGGAGGCGUCCCAAAGGUCGCACUCCUCCUCCCCAGCGCAAUCGGGCAGCAUCGCAACGCUGGCCUUAGGGAAAGAAGGAAGAGCACUGCCUGAACCGGAUCGAUCGGGGGACUGCCCUUCGCGUUGCUUCAUUUUUUCUCACGCGCGCAAAGACUGGGAAGAUGAACGGCACACUCUACGCAACAACGCCAACUGCACCUCUCUGUGCGACUUGCGGCUCCGUCAUACCGCCUGAGAUGCUACAGCGUCAGCGUGUGGGGGGAAGAGGACGCGAGGAUGCGAGAGGAAGAGACAAGGACGAGGAGGAGGAGGAAGAGAAGCAGGAGGAGCAGCAUCAACAUCAAAUACCUGAACGUUGCCUCGUGCGCAUUGGAGCCACUUCUGUACCACACCCAGCCGGUUGGAGCAACGCUCGUGGUGCCAGCUGGAGGGCUUCCAGCCUCGUCAGGACACUGCACGGCUUCGCUGCUGACCAGGCAGCGGCAGGACAGGGAGAAGGAAGUCGUCGUCGUCGUCGUCCGGUGCGUCGUCGUCGUCGUCGUCGUCGUCGCUGCGCCGAGUGGUGCGGGCCAGGGAUGCCGGCGCCGCGGGCGGGCCGCCGUCGGCCGCGCGCCGCUCACCGGGGCAGGGAGUCGCAGGCGCCCUCUUGCCACCGCACCUCG